UCAAUAAACAAAUAAAAAUAAGAACCCUGAGUUUACAAAUCGAUAUAAGUAGAGACUAGAUUCGUGGCGCCUAAUUAUUUCUGACGGAAGAAGCCCACCGCCGUGACACCCAGAGCAUACCAUCCCCAUCCCGGUGGUUUUCUUUUUCCAAGAAUUUCUCCUCUCGAUUCGCCAUUUUCCUCAAAUUUCUCGAUUGCCGGAAACUAGGAGUAUCAAAACUAAAUCAAGUCUAUUCGGAAAGGAUCCUGUUCUGCGAUUUUGGGCUUCUGUCUCUCGAUCCAUCUUUCAGAAGUUCGUUGACGGUCAUACAAGCUUCCAUUUCGUCUGAAGCAGUUUCUGAAUCCGAGUUCUAGAGAUUUUUAUUUCUCUCUCCGUGUUUUGGCAACGAAAAGUAAUGUUGAUUGGAUUUCUCUUCCAUACUAUCAAGCGAAAUGAAUGAGAACUUCUUUAGGAGCUCUGUCUAGGAAUAUGAGCUAGCUGUAUCUCUGUGUAUUCAAGGCCUGGUUCUAAGUACCAAGCUUUUACAAAUCAAGAGAUGGUUGCCUUUGGAAAGAAGUUGAAGGAAAGACAACUUGAAGAAUGGCAAGGAUAUUACAUCAACUAUAAGCUUAUGAAGAAGAAGGUAAAACAAUAUGCUCAACAAAUGGAAGUUGGAACACAAGAUCGUCGGCACGUUCUCAAAGAUUUUUCAAGAAUGCUGGACAACCAGAUUGAGAAAAUCGUACUUUUUCUGCUGGAGCAACAAGGCCUUAUUGCAAGCCGUAUAGCCAAGCUUGAUGAACGGCUUGAUGCUCUUCAAGAAGAACCUGAAAUAUCCCACAUAACUGAAUUGCGAGAAGCUUACAGAGUAGCAGGCCAGGAUCUUUUAAAGCUUCUAUAUUUUGUUGAGAUAAAUGCAAUUGGUCUGCGUAAAAUACUGAAAAAGUUUGAUAAGCGGUUUGGCUAUAGAUUUACUGAUUACUAUGUCAAAACACGUGCCAACCAUCCAUACUCCCAACUGCAGCAAGUUUUCAAACAUGUGGGAAUAGGAGCUGUUGUUGGAGCCAUAUCACGUAACUUGCAUGAACUCCAGGACCGUCAAGGAAGAAGCUAUCUAUCAAUAUAUGAUCAGCCUGCUCUCCCUCUCCAGGAUCCUGUAGUCGAUUCAAUUAAAGCUGCUGUGGACAGGUUAAGUAACUCAACAAACUUCCUAAACUUUUUGGCUCAACAUGCCCUCAUUAUGCGAGAAGAAUUGCCUGCUCCCGUUGAAGAACAAGUGGAUGAUAGCAAUUAUCACUUCAUGUCUCUUUUCUUGAACUUAGCGAAUACCUUCCUGUACAUGGUCAAUACAUAUAUUGUGGUCCCAACCGCCGAUGACUACUCCAUGAGCCUUGGAGCUGCAGCAACUGUAUGUGGUAUUGUAAUUGGAGCAAUGGCAGUUGCACAAGUGUUCUCAUCAGUUUACUUUAGUGCAUGGUCAAACAGAUCUUACUUCAGACCUCUAAUAUUUAGCAGUGUUGCUCUCUUUUUCGGGAACCUCUUAUAUGCUCUUGCUUAUGAUCUUCAGUCACUCUGGGUUCUUUUGAUUGGGCGUCUUUGCUGUGGAUUAGGUUCUGCUCGGGCUGUUAAUAGACGUUAUAUCAGUGACUGUGUGCCACUAAAAAUUCGCAUGCAAGCAUCUGCAGGCUUUGUUAGUGCCAGUGCUCUAGGAAUGGCUUGUGGACCAGCUCUUGCCGGAUUACUUCAAACGAAGUUUAAGAUUUACAAGCUAACUUUUAAUCAAAACACUUUGCCUGGUUGGGUUAUGGCUGUGGCUUGGCUAAUAUAUCUAGUAUGGUUGUGUAUCUCAUUUCGUGAACCUUCACGGGAAAAUGAAGAAAAUACUCAACAGGAAUCAAGUCAAGUUCAAAACGACACACUUGAGAAAGGUCUUCACCAACCAUUGCUUAUUACUUCACUGGAGAAGCCAUCAGAUGAAGAUGACCCAGAAGUUGAUGACAGUGAAGAAGCUGCUGAGGAAUCUCGCCUACCAGUGACUUCUAUGGGUUCAGCUUAUAGAUUACUCACUCCUUCUGUUAAGGUUCAAUUGUUGAUAUAUUUCAUGCUCAAAUAUGCAAUGGAAAUUCUACUUUCGGAGUCUAGUGUUGUUACGACAUACUACUUUGGUUGGUCCACAAGCUCUGUGGCAAUUUUUCUGGCUUGCCUUGGCCUGACAGUGCUCCCAGUAAAUAUUCUUGUCGGUAGUUACAUUAGCAACAUGUUUGAAGACAGGCAAAUACUAUUGGUUUCUGAAAUUAUCGUCUUGAUAGGCAUCCUCUUAAGCUUCAAUGUAAUAAUUCCAUACUCUGUGGUUCAAUAUGUUGGCUCUGGACUUAUCAUGUUUGUGGCGGCAGAAGUGCUUGAAGGUGUUAACCUGGCACUUCUCUCCCGAGUCAUGUCAUCUCGGCUCUCGCGUGGAACCUAUAAUGGUGGAUUGCUAUCAACUGAAGCCGGGACUAUUGCACGAGUGAUUGCAGAUGGAACUAUAACCCUUGCUGGUUAUUUGGGCCGAAGUAGGCUCUUGAACGUUACUCUCAUUCCCUCUCUCCUUAUUUGUGUAGUCUCCAUUGUUUCUACCUGCUACACAUACAACUCUCUAUACUGAUAGUGAUAGCAUUAGGUUUCUUCUAUCCAUCAAAAUCCUUAAUUCUUUUCACCGUGUCCAUUCCUUCUUCAAUGUCUUGCCCGGAAUUAUCUCGUUUAGAACAUCUAUUGGAUUUUGGAUUUAUUGCUCUCAUAUUUUGGCCCUGCUCCUCGUACAUGGGAUGCUUGUUUCUUCUUUUACAUGUGGGAUAGAGAGGCUUUGGUCUCUGAAAAUAAGUAGAAAUGAUUUGUCAGUAA